AUGCAGUUAAGUUUUUUAUCCUACAGUCUAAGUUUUCUCGUACUACUACUUAUCGUUGUGGAAUGUGAAAAUGAACAAACAUUUGAAGACAUAAGAGAAAAGGAAUCUCAUAAAUUUAGCCAUAAUGUUCUUGAUGAUGGUCGUAUUAUUUCGAAACCGGUUAUUCAUCCAGUACCUGUUGAUCAAAUGCAAUUACCUGAUUUACAAUUAGAUGGUAAUACUAAAGAUAAUAAAAAAUAUGUUGCUCAUGGUGAUAUACUCAUUCCAAUUGAAGAACUUGAACAAACCAAUUCAAAACGAUCCAAACGAAAAAUAGUUGCUGAAACAAAUCGUUAUGGUACUAGUAAUCGAUGGCCACGUGCAGUAGUGCCUUAUGAAUUUAUUUCAGGCAUCGACUAUCGAGUACAACAAAAUGUAUUAACUGCUAUGCAGCAUUGGCAUCAACGUACAUGCAUUCGUUUUGAACCUUAUGAUUCACAACGUCAUUGGGAUAUAAAUGCAAAAAUUACUGUUGAAGAUACGGGAUCUGGUUGUGCAACAUUUGUUGGUUAUAGACCAUCUUCAAGUGGUUAUCUUUCAUCUUAUUCUGUUUAUUUACCAAUGCAAUGUCCACUUGGUUCAGCUAUUCAUGAAUUAGGACAUGUUAUUGGUUUCUAUCAUGAAAUGGCACGUACAGAUCGUGAUUUGGAAAUUCGGCUUUAUUUUAGUUUAAUGUCAAGUAGUGAAGCAACUCAAUAUGAUAUAAUGCCUAAUCCAAUGCCUGGUUAUUAUGGCCAACCUUAUGAUCUUGGUUCUAUAAUGCAUUACUAUCCUACAGAUGUUAUGGAAGCUCGUGAUAAUCGACGUCAAUUUCUUAUGGGUCAACGUACAGGUCUAUCAUUUCUUGAUAGUAAAUUAGCAAAUUUAGGAUACCAUUGUGCUGAUGCAUGUGAUCCACAACCAGAAUGUGUAAAUGAAGGUUAUAUUAAUCAACAUUGCAAAUGUUCAUGUCCAGAAGGUUUUUAUGGUACAAAAUGUAAUUUACUUCAAGGAUAUUUAGACACAGAUCGAGUAUUACCAUCGAAACCCGCAACAACAACACCUGUACCAUCAGAACCUGAACCAUCAGAACCUGAACCAUCGGAACCGGAGGUAGUAGAAACAACAUCUACAACAACUACAACAGCAGCAACUCCAGAAGCGGAUAUUAUUCUCAGUUGUACAUUUGAUCUUGCCCAUGAAAAAUGUCCAUUAAAAAGUACACAUGAUUGGAAAAUUCAACGUGGAAUACAAGCCGAUCAAAGUCGACCUAUUAAUGAUCAUACACGUGGAGAUGGAAAAUAUCUUGUUUUAAUUGAACAUAGAAAUCAUUCGAAAAAUGGACAAUCAUUUGAAUUAGGUUCAUCUGUUCAUUCACAAUCUUCAAUUAAAAAUAAUCAUUGUUUACAAUUUUGGUAUUCAGUUCAUGGACGAGCUGUUGGUAAACUUAAAAUUAUCAAAAAUAACGAAGAAGAUACUGUUAUUAUAUUUAAUGAAAAAGAUCAAAAUGUUAAUUGGAAACAAGUACAACAAACAAUUCUUGAUGAUGCUGAUUAUCAAGUUAUAUUUGAAUAUCAAUCAGCAACAUCUGAAUAUAAUUAUAUUGCAUUUGAUGAUAUCAGUAUAAUAAAUGGAACUUGUACACCAACAAAAAGUGAUAAAGAACAUCGUCGUCGAAAACGUAGACAAACUGAUAGAGGUUGUAGUCGUGUUAUUGAUUUGACAAGAUCAAAUUCCGAGGCAACAAUAUCAUCACCAAAUUAUCCAAGUUUAUAUCCAUCAAAUUCUGAAUGUUAUUAUUAUAUAAGAGGACCAAAAUCCUAUCAUGUUAAUAUUCAAUUUACAGAUUUUAAUGUACCUAAUUCAAAUUCAAAUAAUUGUGAUGAUACAGUUGAAAUACGUUAUUAUCAUAUUGGACAACCCGGUCCAAAAUAUUGUGGUUCAGGUGCAAAUUCAAAUAAUCUACGUUUUGUUAGUACAAAAGGUGCUAUGUUAGUUGUGUUUCGAUCAAAUGGAUAUUAUAAUGGACGUGGAUUUAGUGCACAGGCAUCACUUUCUUAUUAA